AUGAUAUGCUUGAAGACACUCAUGAGCAGCCUUUGUAGUUUGAAUUAUGAAGUGAGAGUUGAUAAGCCAAGGGGAAGAAAAGCAGCAAACGCAGCGUCUGGGAUGGCUGUGCAUGAUGAAUGCAAGCUAAAGUUUUUAGAAUUGAAGGCAAAAAGAACUUACCGCUUCAUAGUUUACAAGAUAGAGGAGAAGCAAAAGCAGGUUAUAGUGGAAAAGGUGGGUGAACCAGCUGAUAGCUACGAGGAUUUCUCUGCAAGCCUCCCUGCUGAUGAAUGCCGAUAUGCUGUCUAUGACUUUGAUUAUGUGACUGAGGAGAACUGCCAGAAGAGCCGGAUUAUUUUCAUUGCUUGGUCCCCUGACACAUCGAAGGUGAGAAGCAAAAUGAUCUAUGCUAGUUCGAAGGACAGGUUUAAGAGAGAGUUGGACGGUAUUCAGGUAGAGUUGCAAGCCACCGAUCCAACCGAAAUGGGCCUUGAUGUUAUUAGAAGCCGGGCGACUUGA